AUGCACAAGAGGAUGUGCACUCAUCAGAAAGAAUAUGACAAAGAUGGGCUCGAGAUCACAAGCUGUGUCUGUCUCACCAUCGGUACUACUCCUUCAGUUCCUCGUGCUACUGCUGGCCCUGCUGUCUGCUGAUGCAUCCUCAAGCCAAACGACGAUCUACGUUGUGUACAUGGGUGAGAGGAAGGACGAUGAUCCUUCCGUGGUCAUGGCAUCGCACCACGCCGCGCUGACCUCCAUUCUUGGGAGCAAGGAUGAAGCACGCAAGUCCAUAGUCUACAGCUAUAAGCACGGAUUCUCCGGUUUCGCGGCGAAGCUUACCGAGCCCCAAGCGGAGGAGCUUAAGAAACACCAUGGAGUUGUGAGCGUGAAGCCAAACACUUACCACCAAGUGCACACGACUCGGAGUUGGGAUUUUCUUGGCAUCAGCUACGGCCAACAGCCAUCGUCAUUGUCGUCGUCGUCGCGGCUCCUUAGGAAGGCCAAGUACGGCGAGGAUGUCAUCGUCGGCGUCAUAGACACAGGCAUCUGGCCGGAAUCACGGAGCUUCGACGACACCGGGUAUGGCCCUGUGCCGAAGCGGUGGAAAGGCGUGUGCGAGACCGGCCAGGCGUUCAACGCGAGCAACUGCAACCGGAAGGUCAUCGGCGCGCGGUGGUACGCCGGGGACGCCACCGAGGAGGACCUCAAGGGAGAGUACAGGUCGGCGCGGGACGCCAACGGCCACGGCACGCACACCGCGUCGACGGUGGCCGGCUCGCCGGUGCGGGACGCGAGCCACGCCGGCAGCGGCCUGGCCGCCGGCCUGGUGCGCGGCGGGGCGCCGCGCGCGCGGCUCGCGAUCUACAAGUCGUGCCACGCCGUCGGCCUCGACGCGCGCUGCGGCGACGCGUCGGUCCUCGCGGCCCUCGACGACGCCAUCGGGGACGGCGUCGACGUGCUGUCCCUGUCGCUGGGAGGCGUCAAUGAGAAACCCGAGACGCUGCACGCCGUGGCGGCCGGGAUCACCGUGGUGUUCGCUGCGGGGAACGAAGGCCCCGUGCAGCAGACCGUCAAGAACGCCCUGCCGUGGGUCAUCACGGUGGCCGCCGCCACCGUGGAUCGCUCCUUCCCAACCGUCAUCACACUCGGCGACGGACAGAAGAUGGUGGGUCAAUCAUUGUACUACCACAACCGCUCAGCGGCAUCCAAGAGCAACAACGGCUUUACUUCGCUCCAUUUCGCGGCUACUGGGUGCGACAGGAAGAACCUGGGGUCUGGAAACAUCACCGGGAAAAUCAUUGUAUGCUUUGCACCGGCAAUCCCGUCCACCUAUUCUCCAGGGGCGGAGUUUGUCAAGGCCACACAAGCCGCCAUUGCCGGCGGGGCGAAGGGCAUAAUCUUCGAGCAGUACAGCACCGACAUCCUCGACUACCAGCUGUACUGCCAAGGCCACAUGCCCUGCGUCGUGGUGGACAAAGAAACCAUAUUCAGGAUCAUCCAAAGUAACAACAGUGUGGUAGCCAAGAUAUCUCCGGCGGCGACGGUGGUCGGAGCACAGGUUGCCUCACCGAGAGUCGCCACGUUCUCCUCCAGGGGCCCGAGUGCACAGUUCCCUGGUAUACUCAAGCCCGACAUAGCUGCCCCUGGAGUGAGCAUCUUGGCAGCCAAGGGUGACUCGUACGAGCUCAUGUCCGGGACAUCCAUGGCAUGCCCUCAUGUCUCCGCGAUCGUUGCCUUGCUCAAGUCGGUUCACCUGGACUGGUCGCCUGCCAUGAUCAAGUCCGCCAUCGUUACCACAGCAUCGGUGACGGAUCGAUUCGGCCUGCCAAUCCAAGCCAACUCAGUGCAAAGAAAACCGGCCGACCCCUUCGACUUCGGCAGCGGCCACAUACAGCCAGACAGGGCCAUGGAUCCUGGCCUGGUAUACGACAUCAAACCAGACGACUACAACAACGACGACCUCGACAUUGAACAGCUCAACCUGCCAUCCAUCGCCGUGCCUGACCUCAAGGAGUCCGUCACGCUCACACGCACGGUGACCAACGUCGGGCCGGCGAAGGCGACGUACCGGGCGGUGGUGGAGGCGCCGGCGGGGGUGAAGAUGAGCGUGGAGCCUCCGGUGAUCGCCUUCCAGAAAGGUGGCCCUAGGAACACGACAUUUAAGGUGACGUUCAUGGCGAAGCAGAGAGUGCAGGGCGGCUACGCGUUUGGGAGCCUGACAUGGUUGGACGAUGGCAAGCACUCGGUGAGGAUCCCUAUCGCCGUUCGGACCGUCGUAAGGGACUUCGUUGCUGAUGCAUCUUAAUUGAUGAUCGAGUUCGUUCUGGACAGGAUGCAUGGUACGCGCAUGCAUGUGUUCCGCGUUGUUGAUUCACCCUUUCGAUUUCCUUGUCUCACUUUGCCUUUAAUUUGGUUUACUGUCCGCCAGCCAUUCGUGUUCUUGUAAUAAAAGAAAGGACGACGUGGAAACACUUCAAUAAUACCACCCCUAUUCCAAGUCAGUUCUAUAUGUAACAUUUGCCUGGGAAAAACACGAUUUGAUGACCAACAAUAAUAUAUAUGCGCACAAGUUGGAUGGAUGA